AGUUUAAGGUUUCAUUGGAAAUUAUGUACGCAUCAGAAGCAGUCCAACUACUACAGCAACAGCAGCAGCAGCAGCAACAACAACAACAACAACAACAACAACAACAGAAGCAACAACGUAAUUCAUGCUUUCCAACGUGUAAAACGCCAGAUAAACGUGAUUUUAUGGAUUCAAAUCCACCACGAACUACCGAUGAUUUCUACCGUCAAUAUGAUCCAUGGGUUGGUAUUGGAACAGCUAUGUUUCUAGCACUAUUUUUUAUUCUUAUUGCAUUUAAAACUUUCGUGAUAUGGUUUCUACGAAAGAUCACCAUUUGGCGAUAUCGAUAUCAGAAGUAUCGUGAAAAGCAGCGAAAAAUGGAUAAUCAUCUGAUUAAUCAUACAACUAAAAAUACAACUGUUGACAAUGGACACAUUACUGUUAGUUGAUGUACCAGUAAUUUCUAGAAGGAUGAAAUCACGGAUUUCCGGAUGGAAAUUUCAUAAACAACCUAAUUACUCCGGACAGGAAUGGAAUCGAAUUGAUUCGAUGACAGUUAAAGCCAAGUGCUGGAAAUUGACCAGCUGUGAAAAGCAGAAAUUUGAAAAUCUGAUCCAGCUUUCAAAUAUUUUUGCACAUUGAUAAAAUUUGAAUCCAGACUUCACAAAUUAGCAUUUUAUAUUUCUAAUCAGCUGUUGGCAAAUUUGCUAUCACCAUUUUAUUCCUAUCAGUAUACAAUGUGAUUAUUGGAUAUGAUAUUGAAUACUUCAACUGUAAUUGCUUCAGCAAUACUUCGAAUCAUUAUCCUUACCCACAUUUCAAUAAGCCUGUAGUUUCUUAUUGUAAUAUGGCUGAAGACAAUAGCGCAGAUUCGAUCAAUUAAUUACGACUAUUGUUCUUGCUAAUUGUUAUUGAUCCUGUUAUGGAAGAAUAAAUCGGAUAAAAAGUGGUGCCUAUUUUCCGGUUAUUUUAUCAACAUUAUUGAACCUGAUACAACAACUCCAACAAUAUUAAUCGAAUUUCCGUAUUGAUAUUUGUAUCGAACUCACUGCUUGUAUCAUGUCUUUUCACUUGAUGAUUUGAUCAUUCGAUUAUAUACGAAAUGACGGAUGGUUGUUGAAUAAACGAAAUAUACCUGUUCCGAUCAGAUACCGAAGAC